CUUCUCUGACACUCUGCUCGUGUGACCGACGACGAUGCUGAUCGAGCGGCUACCCAGGCUCCCAGUGAGCAGACAGCUGCCUUUACUUCCGAUCUGUCAGCCUGCAAUCCGCUCCGCUGCCGUCAGCAACGCACAGCAAUCCCGCCAGGCGACGACCUCUUCUUUGCCGAAAGAUGCCUCACCUCGCCGACGAUCCGUAACAGUGGUCAACGACACUGGCGCAGUACCAUGGAAAGAUCUGUCACUCGGUGAAAAAGCGGCGCGGACUACACAGCAGUCCUUCAACCUCGGCAUCGUGUUACUGGGAAUCGGUCUCACAGGUGCUGUAGCCACUGUGCUCUGGUUGGAAGUCUUUUCUACAGACAGCAAGACAGCAUACUUCAAUCGAGCGGCAGACAGGAUACGCGCGGAUCCACAGUGUAGGAAGUUGUUGACUGGAGAUGAGCGGGGAAGCAAGAGAGAGAUCGAAGCGCACGGAGAGCCGAGCUGGAGUCGCUGGGCGCGAAACAGGACGAUUGCAAGUCGGUUGGAGACCGACAGAGCAGGUGUAGAACAUUUGCACAUGCACUUCUACGUCAGCGGAAAGCAAGCGAACGGGACGGUGCAACUACACAUGUCGAGGAGACCUGGAGAGGACUUUCAAUACCAGCUGCUGGCUCUGGAUGUGCCUGGAGAACAGCGAAUAUAUUUGGAAAAUGCCAGCGCAAUGACACAAGCGAAAGCUGGCAAGCUCUUUGGAAUCAACUGGAACCGCUGAGGGCGCCUAGCAUUUAUCCAGCAAAUUGAUGCCGGCGCCUGGCUCUACGAUUGAGCGUUUCUGUGCUGCUCAGGAGCACAACUGGCCUACAAACGCGAGGGGCAACUAACCAUUGCAGCGCAUGAGAUCCUUGCUGCCGUAACACGAUUCAAGGAAGAGAUGAUACACAGGAGACAUGCACUGUCUAU